AGAGGGAGGAGAGAAAGGACCGCUGCCGGGGUGGGCGUCCGCGGAGAGCUCGGAGAAGUGCGCACGCGCACUGACCCCGCCGGGCCCUAGCAACCAGAGCAGUGACAGUAGCAACGGCCGGAAUGGCAAAAGCAACAACAAUCAAAGAAGCCCUAGCCAGAUGGGAAGAGAAAACCAGUCAGAAGCCAUCCGAAGCCAAAGAGAUAAAGCUUUAUGCCCAGAUUCCCCCUAUAGAGAAGAUGGAUGCAUCCUUGUCCACACUCGCUAAUUGCGAGAAGCUUUCACUGUCUACAAACUGCAUUGAAAAAAUUGCCAACCUGAAUGGCUUAAAAAACUUGAGGAUAUUGUCUUUAGGAAGAAACAACAUAAAGAACUUAAAUGGACUGGAAGCAGUAGGGGACACGUUAGAAGAACUGUGGAUCUCCUACAAUUUUAUUGAGAAGUUGAAAGGGAUCCAUGUAAUGAAGAAAUUGAAGAUUCUCUACAUGUCUAAUAACCUGGUGAAAGACUGGGCUGAAUUUGUGAAGCUGGCAGAACUGCCAUGCCUGGAAGACCUGGUGUUUGUAGGCAAUCCCUUGGAAGAGAAACAUUCUGCUGAGGGGAACUGGAUUGAAGAGGCGACCAAGAGAGUGCCCAAACUGAAAAAGCUGGAUGGUACCCCAGUAAUUAAAGAGGAUGAGGAAGAAGAUAACUAACACCAUGUUUUCUGCUUUGUGUUAACUUAUUUAAAUGUCAUAAGAGUGAUAGAUAAGUUUUGUAUAAUUAUAUAUUUUAAAGAUUCUGUGUGGGCGGAACAUUCUUAAGGUAAAAAAAAUCUCUCAUUUUUUUCCUUAACCUAUUCAGUGUUUCUCCCCCAAAAUGGUAACACCAACUUUGUAUAUUCUAGUCCUCUUUUUACAAACUACAAACUUUUGAUUUUUGUCUUCAGUCCCAGUUAUGUGCUUCGUGACCCCACCUACUGAAAGCUUUAUAGACCAGUCAUUUUUAACAACAAAGGAACAAAUGUGGUUCUUUAUUCAGUUUGUUUAGUUUUUUUUUCAGGCCAGGCAUUUAAAUGCAUGUACUUAACCUUUGAAUCUGUAGACCGUCUUUCCUGAAGGUCCAUCUCCUUAUGACUCAGAAGCACAAAUGUGUCAUGCCUUUGGUUCAGAAGGCAGCAUGGUGAUGGGAAGAGUUCCUCUUAAAAAUACAGCAGCAGCCCUCGAACCAAGACUCCAAAGUCCACUUGGAAAAGUUAUGGUGAAAAAAGGAAAAA